AUGCCAACACCGAUACCGCUGACAAAAGCUAAAAAUCCACCGCCACUGCCUCAUGAGCUACAUACCAACAGCAACAGCAACAGCAGCAACUAUGGCAGUAAUUCUGCGCUCAACAAUCAUCCUCAUCAUCAUCAGCAACAACAACAACAGCAACCACAGCAACAGCAACAACAACAGCAACACUAUCAACCCAAUACAUCCACCAACACACCAACAACACAAGCAACAGCUGCAACUACAACAAAACAACAACAACAACAAAGACAACACUUGAAUACACCAACAAAAGCAUCGCGCGAGGCGACGCCAACUCGUGAGCAACAGCAGCAGCAGCAGCAGCAGCAACAGCAGCAUGCGACGCCCACGUGCGAGCCACAUACACCAACACGUCAACAACAACACCAACAACAACAACAACAACAGCAUCAGCAACGGGAGCAACAUCAUCGCGAGCGCCAGCAACAGCUGCGCGAACAGCGUGAGCAACGCGAACGUGAAUACCAACACGAACACCAGCAGCAUCAUAUACGCACACAUCCUGCGUAUCAUCGUGAGCAUCGUGAGCACGAGCAGCAAUAUCAUCAUCAACAGCAUCACAAUCAUCAUCAGCAGCAGCAACAGCAGCAGCCAUCAUCAGCGCAUUAUCAACAGCAGCAGCAACAGCAACAGCGCUACAGCAGCAACAGCUACAAGAAUCAUAAUAAUUCCGUUUACCAGUGAAAAAUGAGAAAAACAACAACAACAACAGCAAAAACAACAACAACAAUGAGAAUCGCUAAAUUGGAACAAUUUUGGAACAUUCUUUCAAACGGCUUUCAACAGUUAACAGUUAAAUUGUGCUAACAAAAACCCCACAACGCUAAUGUCUCGCUCUCCCUUCCUCUCUCUCCCUCUCUCUCUCUCUCUCUCUAGUUAUCAAUGUCUCUCACGCACGCCUCUCUACACCAGCUGCUUAAAAGUUAUCCCCCCCACCCCGAAUAGAAAUUGGAAACUUUUCGAUAUGCUGUAAGCAAAUAUGCAAUUCAAUGUUGUUGUAUGAGCUCCCGUUAACAAUUUCCCAUCCCAACUAUCCACACGUCUGUGUUCUUUUGUUGUAGUUCAAGAGCUGCUCUAUAGACAAAAAAAAAAAAUGAUAAUAAUAAUUUUUAGGUGUGUUUGAUACAGUUUUGUUGACUUCUGACCAAACUCUUUUUGAAUACAUAUCCAAUUUCGUUUGAAAAUCGCGCACUUUUAGCUCAUGUAUCUAUAAUUGUUUCCAUUUAUUUGUUUCUCAAUUUCGAUAUGAUUUCUAUUCCCAAUAUAUAUCAAUACAAAUAAUCACACUGCCAAGAAAAUAUUAUAAAUAUAUAAAAAAAAUAUUAAAAAGAAAAAUAAUAUGUAGAGCAGCUCUUUUAUCUCGGCCCCCUUCUGUCAAAUCCAAUGCAACCCACUUCCUAUAGAGCUCGCCAACGUUUUUUAGCCAGUGAUAAAACCAAGAGUAGAGCCCGUAACUGAACUUAGGACUUCUAAAAACAAAAUAAAAAACUCAUACACACGCUUAUGUGUAAAGCUGUAACUAUUUAACAUAUUAUUGUAUUAUGUAUUUAAUAAUAUGAUUAUGAACGAGCAACUUAGUCUAAAGGGUUAGUCGUUAAAAAUUAUUUAAACUAAAACCAAAAUGAAAGCAUAUUUAAUUUCACAAAAACGAAAAAGAAAAAUAAAAAAAAAAAACCAACAAAAAUAUCCACAAACCCAACCAAAAAUAACAAAAAUUAUAUGGCAAACAUAAAAGUAAAUAUGAUGAAGAAACCAGAGCUUAAAAAAGUUAUAAUUAAAGAUCCCUUAACCGUAAGAACACAUUAAUAACGCAGAAGAAGCAGAAAAACAGCUACAGACACUGUAAAAAUGAAACAAGAACAAGCGAAUAAUCGAACAGAUCAGCUUAUGUUAUGCAAUAACACACACAUGGACACAUGGACAGAUGGACACAGGACACACACCACACACAUACAGAGCACACCUUCACAUAAUGCUUGACUAUUUAUGUAAUUAGCCGAAAUAGCAACAACAUCAACAAGUAUAAAGCCCACCUAAGCAAAUAAUUUGUAAAAAUAAUCGUAAUACACGCAUAAAUACAAGCACACCACACACAUACACACAUACAUACAACAUGCACACAUACAUGUGUACAAAUUAAAGCCUAAUUAUUGAAAGAAAAAACCAUUAAAAUACCAAACACCAGACAGCACAGACAGGCGAAGUGUCAUUAAAGCAGACGUAAUGCAAGCAGUGCGUACCAGACAACACACAACACAAGCAGGAAAAGUGUCGUUAAAGCAGUACGUACCACAAACUCACAAAAUAACAUUUAUCGAAACAAAUACUUAUCAAAAUUAAACAAACCAAACCAAAAAAAAAAAACAACAAAAUAAUAAUAAUAACCAAUAUGAAGAAACCGUAUUUAGUACAAUUUUAACUGCACACUGCACUCUUUUUGAAUGUUUGUUAAAUGUUUUAAAGAAAAUACACACAAGAACAGCUGCAAAAUUGUAUUCCUCUCACGAAAAUCCACUAAGAAAAACAAACUAUGGUAAACGAAUUAUAUAAUACUAAAAAAAGCUACGCUACUCUACCAUUAAAAACAACUAGCAAUUUAAAUACCAUUUACAGAUGAAUAUGCAGUAGAGAAAACGAACGCUUAAAAUUUGAGGUUGAUUGGCAUUAAGUAAAGCAUUAAAGACAAGUUAAAACGAUGUUAAAGGCCGACAGGGCGCGAUAACGAGCAACUAUCCAAAAGCACGACUCAACAACUAUUUGUGCAAGAGUUUAAUAUAUAUACAUAAAUACAUAUAUGUAUAUUUAUUGUAAAAUAUUAGCAAAACCAAAAACAAACUAACUUUUUAAUAUGAAGAAAAAACCAAAAACAAAAAUAUUACAAAAUGUUUCUCUUAUAUCUCUCAGUCUAACACACAUUUUGUACCCAAAUUAUUUGGCAAAAUUUGCGAAUUUUUCAAAUAUUUCAAAUUUUGUUUGUUGUGUGUGCUAGAAAAAGAAAUUGAACAAAAUGAAUUGUAAAAGUUAUAAAAUCAGAAUACAGAAAUCUGAAUGUCGUAUGAGCAAUUUUUUCCCCUUAAGUCAAGAGCUCGCCGUAUUGAGCCGAAAGUUAGCUUUGUGUCUAGUUAUUUCAGAAGGAAGGGAAUAUUUAUAUGCCUGGCUUGUUUUUCAUAACCGAACGCAAACUCUGUCUGCCAAGCUCUAAUUCCACCUUUCUCUCUCUAUAUCUAUUGUGUGUGACUUUAGUGAGCAGAACAGAAUAGAAUGGAAAUUUUUGGAAAAAAAUGUUAAAUGAUAUCGUAAUUGUACUUUUGUUGACUAUUAUGUAAUAACGCUUUGCUGUACGUAUAUUAGUUAUGUAAAUUUUUAGCUGAAACCCAAUGAAGAGAAUUCUUAAGAAAAACACAAAAACAAAAUUUCAAGCGCAUGCUGUUAGUUAUUGUUAGUAAUCUAUUAUUAUAAACAAAUUGUUCGUGUAUAAAACUAUAAAAAAAAAAAACAAAAACAAAAAACAUUUAAAAUUCAAAAUUCAAAAUUGUAACUUAUCUUUGAAUUGGUCAACAGAAAAACAGAAAGAAAAAAAGGAAAUUAAAAACAUGUUAAAAGAUUUUUUUCAGCGUUUAUGCGUGUCAAUCAGACGGAUAUCGUGUAUUGCCUGAUCGCAAUUAGAUGGCACGCCCGAGCGCGACUGUAAAUUGCGUAAAAUUCUGAUAAAAGGCUUACUUAAACUUAACUUAAACAUAACAUAUAACAUAAUACCUAACUCACACAAGUACAUUAAAUAUAUAUACCUAUAUAUAUAUAUACAAUUACAUGUAACGCAUAUAGAGCAUACUCGUAUACUAACUAUAUCUAACGUAACGACAAUGAAAAGCAAUUUGAAGCAAACAAGCGAAACAAACAACAAUUUCAAUUCCCGAAACAUAUUUAACACACGAACACAGAACAAUACGUCGAAGUAAUUGAGUUAAAGAUGAGGCAACUAAAGAUAUAUAUUAGUAAAAACACAAGCAACAAAAGCUGCUAUGCUAUGCUAAAGGGUAAAAGGCAUUUAUUCAUAACACAAAUGGAAACCAGCUUAUAAAUACCAUAAAAAAAAAAAACAAUUAAUAUAUAUAUAUUAAAACACCUACCACGUAAUAUCGUAACGUAAAUAGCAAUAGCGUAUACUAGUUGAUAUUAGCCGAGCUGCAGCCUCAGCGGAACUUGUUGUAUAAAAGAUUGAGCUAGACUUUUAAAUGGGAUUAACCUAAAUGUUUAUAAUACACAUACUUACAAGCAAAAUAUAUAUAUAUACACAAAUAUAUAUAUAGACCUAAUACUAACUGAGAUCGAACGCUGUAGAUAAAUGUGUACAAAUGCUAAAAGAUAUUUACAUGUUUUCAAUGUAUACUCUAUAGAAAGAAAUCGAUUUAUUGUUUUAAAGGUCUCGCCCUUGAGUUGAACCCAAAUCAUUUAACCCAAUUAUUAACUCUUGAUUCACAUAUAGAAAACCUCUUGUAAGCCCAAAUCAGACCAGAUUAUUUACACGAAACAACUACAAACAAAACUGUGCCACCUAGUACAUAACAACAAACAGUUAUAUAUCUGCAAUAUAUAGAAAGGAUACGACUUGUAAUAUACAUAUAGAAGAAGACGACAAAACUCAAUGCUCACUUUUAUAUUUUUUAUCAUACAUACUAUAUAUACACACACACACACACAUAUAUAUAUAUAUAUAUAUACAUA